AUGGGUCUGGUUGCCUUUGGAUCAUCAAGAUUAAUAGCCUUAUGGGAUCAUAAAGCUGGUAGAGUGUUGGCUACCAUUAAGGGCCAUGAAAGUACAGUGACAGCAGUUCGCUUUAUUGGCGACGUGCUGAUUUCAGGAUCAGCUGACUCAACUUUAAGAUUGUGGUCUCCCGAUUCUGAUGGUAGAUUUAAUUGCUUUCAAAUAGUCAGUGAUGUCCAUAAGAAAACGAUUACAAGCCUGGCAGUUUUUGGAGACAUUGUUGUUAGUGGAUCAGCCGAGGGUGUGUUUUGUAUUUGGAGUCUCAUCAGGAAUGAGAGCCAGGUUAAGUUAGAACUUGUUGAGGAGAAAACCAUAGGCCCUAGAUUUUAUCCGAUUUCACUAGCUGUGCAUGGGCUGGAAGAGAACAGAAUAGUAAUAGCCGUUGGUGGCACUUCCAAUGAUACUUAUUUAUUUACAGGUGAUAUCAAGUCACAAUCUUUUACUCUGGAUGCAAAACUGUCUGGCCAUGAGAAUUGGAUCAGAAGCCUGUCAUUCAAAAGACAUGAAGACGAUAUCCUAUUAGCAAGUGCGAGUCAGGACAAUUAUAUCCGGCUUUGGAGAAUUCACAAGGGUGGUAUAAAUACUAUAGGUAACAGAACGGCCUCUGACGUUGAGAAAGAUGACGAGGCAUUGAAUGAACUGGCCGACACAACUGGAAUUAAUCUUCUUUCUAACAAAGUGUACCAUAUUGACAAUGAUAAAUAUACCCUUACAUUCGAAGCUUUACUUAUGGGCCACGAUGACUGGAUAUACGAGGUAAGCUGGCAUCCUUCGAAGCUGGAGCUAUUGUCUGCAUCAUCAGACUCCACACUUAUGUUUUGGAGCCCUGAUGCCUCAUCGGGGAUUUGGAUUUGUUCUACAAGACUUGGGGAUGUCAGUAUCAAGGGUGCAAGCACUGCCACCGGUGCCUCAGGUGGUUUCUGGAAUGCGCUUUGGCUGGAUGAUGGAUACAGUGUGGCUACUAUUGGUAGAACUGGAUCGUGGAGAAUUUGGAGCCUAGAAUGCACAAACAAUAACUGGGUAUCCCAAAUUUCAAUCUCAGGACAUGUGCGUGCGGUUACUGAUAUUUCGUGGGAAGAUUCAGGUGCUUAUCUACUUUCUACCUCUUUAGACCAAACUACAAGACUGCAUAGCACAUGGAAAAAAGACGCGUCGUGGCAUGAGAUAUCAAGGCCCCAAAUUCACGGUUACGAUAUGAUGGCUGUUAAAUCGUUUUCCCGGGAGGUGUUUGUAAGCGCAGGUGAUGAAAAAACCUUACGUGUAUUUGAACAACCUAAGGGAAUUGCAGAGCUGAUGGAAAAUGUUUGCGGUAUCUACACUUCAAGCUCACAAAAAGAAAAUUUGCCAGAAUCUGCUACGGUACCAGUAUUAGGCCUUUCAAACAAGGAAGAAGAAACAAAAUCAGUAGAAACCCCUGAUAGCGAAAGGAGUGAAAGCAUGAAUGAUGAUGAGAAUAUCCAUGGCACUAUUAGAUCAACGUUAUCUGCUUUAACCGAACCUCCAAAAGAAGAUCAUUUACAAAGGCAGACACUUUGGCCUGAGUUAGAAAAGCUGUAUGGCCAUGGUUAUGAAAUAUCCUCAAUCGAUAUUAGCGAAGACAAAACACUGUUGGCCACCAGUUGUAGAGCUAAUAAUGAGACUCACGCGGUUAUUAGACUAUAUGAGACCAAAAAAUGGCUUCAACUGAAGUCUCCAUUAUCUCUGCAUAAUCUUACCAUUACAAGGCUAAGAUUCUCUCCAAAUGGAAAAUAUCUCCUCAGUGUAUCAAGAGAUAGGCAAUGGGGUCUAUGGGCUAAGAAUGAAUCAGAACAGUUCGAAUUGGUAGCUUCAAACUCUAAAGGUCAUACCAGAAUUAUAUGGGACUGUGCUUGGCUUCCCGAUAGUAGCGGAUUUAUCACUGCCUCAAGAGACAAGUCAAUAAAGAUUUGGAAAAUAAAUGGAGACGAGUGGAACGAGCAUAACCAAAUCAAAUUCGACGCCCCUGUAACAGCAAUUGAUAUUAGUGCUAAUGGGAUUCUUGUGGUCGGGCUUGAAAGUGGAGCCCUGUUCAUUUAUGAGCUUGCCAUCAAUAGUUUCGACCCUCAGCUUGUCGAACAGAUUGACGAAUAUAUCACCCCCUCGUUGCGCGUGACCCGAAUAAGUUGGAGGCCACAGGGUAAGCAAUUUGCUGUGGCCAGUGAGGAUUUUAUUCUUAGGCUAUAUAGUUUAUAA